AUGACCACUAACUCUUUCAAUCCAAUCAAUACAACUGCUGCACCUAAUGGAAAUGGCUCCGAGAAUAGUGACAGUAAUGGUGGGCUUAACAUCAUGUCUCUCAUAAUUUAUUCCCUGGCUUUUGUCCUCGGUGUGCUCGGGAAUGGAGUGGUCAUCUGGGUGACCGGGUUCAAGAUGAAGAAAACUGUUAACACAGUUUGGUACCUCAACCUUGCUGUGGCUGACUUCAUCUUCACUGCGUUUUUGCCCCUGAGUGUGACUUACACAGCUUUGGAUUUCCACUGGCCUUUUGGCAACUUCAUGUGCAAGCUGAACACCACCAUAAGCUUUCUGAACAUGUUUGCCAGUGUCUACAUUCUGGUGGUGAUCAGUGUGGACAGAUGUGUGUCUGUGGUGUGGCCCGUCUGGGCUCAGAACCACCGAAAUGUACGCAGAGCAUCCUAUGUGAGUCUGUGUGUUUGGGUGGUGGCUUUGAUUCUCAGUGCUCCAUACUUCAUCUUCAGGGACACUGAACAAGGCUCUAACAACAUGAUUUGCUUCAACAACUAUGCUCUUUCUGAUGACUAUGAAACACCAUCGGUGAAAAAGUUAAGGGAAUUUCGUCAUCAGGCCAUGACUAUCACACGCGUCCUCCUAGGAUUUGCUGUGCCCUUCACUUUCAUUGUCUUGUGUUAUGCUGUUAUAAUCCAUCGUCUCAGAAGAAACCGCACACUGGCCAAUCAGUCAAGUCGCCCCUUUAAGAUCAUCGCUGCCAUUAUCAUCACUUUCUUUCUAUGCUGGGCUCCCUUUCACAUCAUGGGUCUAAUUGAGAUGGCAUAUCACAUGCCAGAAUAUUCAAGUGAGAUAUUAGAUGAUAUCGUCACAAUUGGGUUACCAAUAGCCACCAGUCUGGCCUUUCUCAACAGCUGCUUGAAUCCACCGCUGUAUGUGUUCAUGGGCCAAGAUUUUAAAGAUAAAGUCCGCAAAUCCAUCCUGAUUGUGCUGGAGAGUGCCUUCCAGGAAGAGGAGACACGCAAUUACACUUACACAAAGUCAGUGGACACCAGUCAGAACCAAGAGAGUUCAGAUUUGAAUACUGAGGUAUAA